AUGUCCACAGCCCUGCUUAGCAGGCAGUUCCGGCCUAUCCCCCGCGCCCGCAUUGACAGCCUGCUGGCGUCCUUCCCCAAGCUCAUCCCCGCCAACUCGCAACACACGACGGUCGAGACUAACGAUGUUCGAUUUGUCUACCAGCCCUUCGAGGAACUGUAUGUGCUCCUGAUCACGAACAAGGGCAGCAACAUUCUGCAGGACAUCAACACGCUUCAGCUGCUUGUGCGCCUGAUCUCGUCUCUGACGCCGGCGAUGACGGAGCCCGCGAUUCUGCACCACGCGUUCGACCUGCUGUGCGCGUUUGACGAGGUCGUGUCGCUCGGAUACAAGGAGAACGUGACGCUGAGCACCGUCCGGAGUGUGCUCGAGGGCGAGUCGCACGAGGAGAAGAUCCAGGAGAUCAUUGCGCGCAACAAGGAGGCUGAGGCAAAGGAGGAGCUCAAGCGCCGCGCCAAGCAGCUCGAGAUGCAGCGGCGCGAGCAGCAGAGGCUCGCCCAGGCCGGCCGGGCAGGUAUGGGUAUUGGUGCCAGUGGCGGCUUUGGUGGCGGUAUGGGAGGAGGCUACAACCCUGUUUCGACGACACCGCGGUUCGAGGCGCCCACGCCCGAGUACCGCACGCCGAGCCCCGCGGCUGCCCCGUCCAAGCCCGCGUUCAAGGGUAGCGGCAUGAAGCUCGGCUCGAAGAAGGGCCGCAACACCGACCUUCUCUCCGCCCUUGGCUCCGAGGCGUACGAGCCUGAGCCCGAGCCCAUUCCGGAGCCUGAGCCGGAACCCGCUGUCGCGGUCUCGGCGGAUGUUCUCGAGCGGGUGGACCAGGAUGCGUAA